ACUUUUAAAUUUUACGCGCUAAGAAUUCCAGCUGAUGCGCAUGCGCUGUAAUCUAAUGGCGACUAGACGAAUUCUGCAAUCUUUCUUCUGCAAUACACGUUAUUAUUCCAAUAUCGUAGCUAAAUCUAAGCUAAAAGCUCCUCUUUUAUUAACUGGCAUUGGCAUAACCUACUUUUAUGCGAAUCAUAAACGAACAUGUCAAGCUGUUUAUGCCCAUAUCAAAGAACGUUAGACGCUGUUAAAUUAGAUGAGGGUUACGCUAACACCUCGCCUGCUCAAACUCAUAGAGAAUUGAGAUUCUUAUCAUUUGCCUCUGUGGAUUUUGACGGCAAUGUUUAUAUGACACCGCAAGAUUUUCUGGAUAGCGUUACCAAUGAAAUACCUAAAGGUCAUAGGUCAAUCUUUAAGGCACUCGAUUUAUCUAUAGCUUCAGAUUUGACAGUGUGAUGACUUUUUGAACUAUUUUUCCCUAACUAUUUAUCCAUUAUCUUUUAAAAAGAGCUUAUACCGACAUUUCAAAAUAAUAAAUAAAAAAAAGAAGAAAAGAUUGAGCAGAACGACCAGCUUAGGAGAAUAAUUGGAAUUUUAUUGUUUUAAUAUAUGAACAAACAAUAACUUGCUAAAUUAUCCAAAAAAAUCUAUUAAAC